AUGCGCGUGCACCACCAUGCCCGGUUUAGGAACACACGUUCUAAACGAAGAGAGCGUGUAAACACAAGAACAGGCCAGCUGAGCUGCAUUUCCUUCCCGCCUAAGGAAGAGGAGCACCUCCAGCAGACUGUGGGCUGCCUCCCCUGCAUACUGAUCCUCGGUCAGGAUUGCAGUGUCAAGUGCCAGCUGUUGAACCUGCUGUUGGGGGUGCAGAUGCUUCCUGCCACCAGGCCAGGCAGUGAAGACAGCUGUAAGCUGCGGCGACUGCGCUUCACCUAUGGGACUCAGACUCGGGUCAGCCUGGCGCUCCCGGGACAGUACGAACUAGUGCACACGCUGGCUGCUCACCAGGGCUCCUGGGAGACCAUCCCUGAGGAGGACUUGGAGGUGCGAGGGGACAGUAAGGAUGCUGCUCAUGUUUUAGCCGAACUGGAGGUGACAGUGCACCAUGCCCUCUUAAAGGAAGUGGACAUUGUGGUGGCACCGUGCCAAGGCCUCCGGCCCACAGUAGAUGUUCUGGGUGACUUGGUGAAUGAUUUCUUGCCUGUGAUAACCUAUGCACUCCACAAAGGUGAACUCUCUCAGAGGGAUGAGCAAGAGCUUCAGGAAAUCCGAAAGUAUUUCUCCUUCCCCAUAUUCUUUUUCAAAGUGCCGAAGAUGGAGAUAAUAGACUCCGCUCCCAGAACAGAGAGUGAAAGAUCACCUCUGUAUCGCCAGCUCGUUGACCUGGGCUAUCUGAGCGCCACACACUGCAACUGUGGGGCCCCUGGCCAGGCCACCAAAGCUCUGAGCAUGUUGGUGGAGCAGAGUGAGAAGCUGAGACACUUGAGCACAUUCUCUCACCAGCUGCUGCAGGCUCGUCUGGUGGAUGCGGCCACGGCCCUGAACCUGGUGCACUGCCACUGCCUUGACAUCUUCAUUAACCAGGCCUUUGAUAUGCAGCGGGACUUGCAGAUUACUCCCAAAAGGCUGGAAUACACUCGGAAGAAAGAGAACGAGCUGUAUGAGUCACUGAUGAAUAUUGCUAACCGAAAGCAGGAGGAGAUGAAGGAUAUGAUUGUUGAGACUCUUAACACCAUGAAGGAAGAACUUCUGGAAGAUGCUACCAACAUGGAGUUUAAAGAUGUCAUUAUCCCCGAGAAUGGAGAAGCAGUGGGCACCAGGGAGAUCAAAUGCUGCAUCCGGCAGAUCCAGGAACUCAUCAUCUCCCGGCUUAACCAGGCGGUGGCUAACAAGCUGAUCAGCUCAGUGGACUACCUGCGUGAGAGCUUUGUGGGCACUUUAGAGCGGUGUCUGCAGAGCCUGGAGAAGUCGCAGGACAUCUCAGUUCACAUCACCAGUAAUUAUCUCAAACAGAUCUUAAAUGCUGCCUAUCACGUUGAAGUCACAUUUCACUCAGGGUCCUCAGUCACACGGAUGCUCUGGGAGCAAAUCAAACAGAUCAUCCAGCGCAUCGCGUGGGUGAGCCCACCUGCUGUCACUCUGGAGUGGAAGAGGAAGGUGGCCCAGGAUGCCAUUGAGAGCCUCAGUGCCUCCAAGCUGGCCAAGAGUAUUUGCAGCCAAUUCCGGACUCGGCUCAAUAGUUCUCACGAGGCUUUUGCAGCCUCCUUGCGGCAGCUGGAAGCUGGCCACUCAGGCCGGCUGGAGAAGACGGAAGAUCUGUGGCUGAAGGUUCGGAAAGAUCACGCCCCCCGGCUGGCCCGCCUUUCUCUGGAGAGCCGGUCUCUACAGGACGUCUUGUUGCACGGUAAACCUAAGCUGGGACAGGAACUGGGCCGAGGCCAGUAUGGUGUGGUGUACCUGUGUGACAACUGGGGAGGACAUUUCCCUUGUGCUCUCAAGUCUGUCGUCCCUCCGGAUGAGAAGCACUGGAAUGAUCUGGCUUUGGAGUUUCACUACAUGAGGUCUCUGCCGAAGCAUGAGAGGUUGGUGGACCUCCACGGGUCAGUCAUCGACUACAGCUAUGGCGGUGGCUCCAGCAUUGCUGUGCUGCUCAUCAUGGAGCGGCUGCACCGGGACCUCUACACAGGGCUGAAGGCUGGGCUGAGCCUGGAGACGCGUUUGCAGAUAGCACUAGACGUGGUGGAGGGGAUCCGCUUCCUGCACAGCCAGGGACUCGUUCAUCGUGAUAUCAAACUGAAAAACGUGCUGCUGGACAAACAGAACCGUGCCAAGAUCACUGACUUAGGAUUCUGCAAGCCAGAGGCCAUGAUGUCAGGCAGCAUUGUGGGGACGCCAAUCCACAUGGCCCCUGAACUUUUCACAGGGAAGUAUGACAAUUCCGUGGAUGUCUACGCUUUUGGGAUUCUUUUCUGGUACAUCUGCUCAGGCUCUGUCAAGCUCCCAGAAGCGUUUGAGAGGUGUGCUAGCAAAGACCACCUCUGGAACAAUGUGCGGAAAGGGGCCCGCCCAGAACGUCUGCCUGUGUUUGAUGAAGAGUGCUGGCAGCUCAUGGAAGCCUGUUGGGAUGGUGACCCCCCUAAGAGGCCUCUCCUGGGCAUCGUCCAGCCCAUGCUCCGGGGCAUCAUGGACCGGCUCUGCAAAUCAAGUUUCGAGCAGCCGAACAGAGGACUAGAAGAUUCUAUUUGAAAGCGAAAACCUUUCUCCUGCACUGUUUCUUUUUCCCCUCACCUUUUGGCCAUGGGGAGAAUUUGACAUUUAUUCAUUACAGGGAGCUCCUGAGGGUCAUGGUGCUUGCUGGGGCUGGAUGGCUGCAGAGUGGCGGGGGCAGUUCAGUGAUGCCCCACACCAUGCCUUAUGCCUUCGGCAAAAGAUUGUCCGAGAUAUGCAGAAGCGGAACAUGGGAUGUUCUGGCCUCAAGACAGAUGAGGAGACAAACGUUACCACUGCUCACUGCAUCAUGUUUCUAAGACAAGAAGUGGGGCACUGCAGUGGCAAUAGUAUUAAAACAUCAUUUUCAUGAUGUCAGCUGCAGCUAGAAAUAGUUUGAU